GAUCCAUCCCUCUCACAUCAAGCACACAUCAAGGCGUGCCAAACCAAAACUGCAAAACUCCAAUAAUAGUCUGACGAUGAUGAUGAGGCUACCCACCUCUACUAGUAGAUCGGCUCUUGGAGUCUGGUGGUUCCUAGUAGUAUUGCUCCCAUGUUCCUUUGGUUUUCUGCCCUACCGAAAUUAUAAUGGAAGCUUUCGGUCCUACCAGUACUAUGCGUCCCAGGAGGUGUCAACCACAACAAUUACUGCUGCCACAACAGCUACAGCCAGCGAAUAUGCAACAGAACGAAAUAUGUUUCAUGACUAUGACAAACCCAUCUUGCUGAUUGGAUCUUCCUCUUCACCAGAAAAUAAUGAACUGAACCAACUGGCCAAUGGAUUUCUACAAGAGCACUUUCCCACGGCGUCCGUGGUGGUACCGUACAAUGGCGACUUGUUGCUGGAAGAAAUUCAUUCCCGAUCGUAUGCGUGGCCCAAUAUUGUCCUGGUCGAUUUUGCGACUCUAGAUACUGCCAAAGUCCAAGACGCCAAGGAGACGGUCCAACGUCUGUACCAAGAUGCCGGACUCUUAUCGAUUUACGUCAAUGUCCAGCACCAAGCGUCGGCGGAAUUGGAAGACUCUGUCUUGGUUCCGUACUCGGACUAUGAACUCUGUAUUGCUUCGCAAGAUGAUUCGGAACACAUCCAAUGGGAAUUGACACGGCUGGUAGCCCGGGCGCGAUUGGCCCCCGCCAUUCCCGGCUCUACUAGUGGCAUCAACACGGCUCACUUGACCAUGGGACAACACACCUUUUUUCUUUCGCUCAGUUUUCCCGAAAUCGCACAAGUCCAACCGUAUGUGAACCAAAUGUGCAAGGAUGUGGAUGCCAUGGAAUAUCGGGCCGAUUUGUUGGACUGUCGCGAUUCGCGGUUUGACUUGUUGCAUGGGAUGCAAUUGUUGCGGCACUACUGCCGUCCCCAUUUACUGCGAAACCCGGCAUUGCCAUUUUCCGGCAGUGCAAUCCUGGAAGAUGUCAUGCCCAUUGUCUAUACCGUGCGAACCCAACAUCAAGCCGGAACCUAUCCCGAUGACGUCGAGCAAGGAAUUCCGAAAAUGUUUGAAUUGUUGCACUGGGGAUUGCGCGGCGGCGUCGAAGUCCU